AGCUAUAUAAAGUGGUGGCGAGGGUUGCUUAAAGAUUAUAACCAGAAUCCCAUUUUGUAGUGAAUUAAGAUGGGAGCAAAAGGGCCUUCUAUGGCCUCUCUGGCCAUCAUUCUCCUAGUGGCAAUAGUGUCUGUCAGCUUGCCAUCACAAACCUCUGCAAACUACCGUUACUCAUCCCCACCUCCACCACCACCACCACCAAAGAAGUCCCCACCACCACCUCCUCCUCCUUAUCAUUAUAAAUCACCACCACCUCCUCCACCAGUUUACAAGUACAAAUCACCACCACCACCACCUAAGAAACAUUACCAUUACAAGUCUCCACCUCCACCACCACCGGUUUACAAGUACAAAUCACCACCACCACCACCACCACCACCUAAGAAACAUUACCAUUACAAGUCUCCACCUCCACCACCACCGGUUUAUAAGUACAAAUCACCACCACCACCACCACCUAAGAAACAUUACCAUUACAAGUCUCCACCUCCACCACCACCGGUUUACAAGUACAAAUCACCACCACCACCACCACCUAAGAAACAUCACCAUUACAAGUCUCCACCUCCACCACCACCGGUUUACAAGUACAAAUCACCACCACCACCACCACCAAAGGAACACUACAUAUACAAGUCUCCUCCUCCUCCACCACCGGUUUACGAGUACAAAUCACCACCGCCGCCACCACCAGUUCACAAGUCUCCACCACCUCCAGUCCACAAGUCUCCACCACCACCACCACCAAAGGAACACUACGUGUACAAGUCACCUCCUCCACCACCUCCAGUCCACAAGUCUCCACCACCACCACCACCACCACCACCAAAGGAACACUACAUAUACAAGUCUCCUCCUCCUCCACCACCAGUUUAUAAGUACAAAUCACCACCGCCACCGCCACCAGUUUACAAGUACAAAUCACCACCGCCGCCACCAAAGAAACACUACGUGUACAAGUCACCUCCUCCACCACCUCCAGUCCACAAGUCUCCACCACCCCCACCACCAAAGAAACCCUACGUAUACAAGUCCCCUCCACCACCUCCAUACAAGUACUCGUCUCCUCCCCCACCACCAUAUAAGUACAAGUCUCCUCCUCCUCCCCCACCAGUCUACAAAUACAAGUCCCCACCGCCACCACCACCAAAGGAACACUACGUAUACAAGUCUCCUCCUCCACCACCACCAGUUUACAAGUACAAAUCACCACCGCCACCAGUUUACAAGUACAAAUCACCACCACCUCCACCACCAAAGGAACACUACGUAUACAAGUCUCCUCCUCCUCCACCACCAGUUUAUAAGUACAAAUCACCACCGCCACCAGUUUACAAGUACAAAUCACCACCGCCGCCACCGCCAGUUCACAAGUCUCCACCACCACCCGUUUACAAGUACAAAUCACCACCACCGCCACCAAAGGAACACUACGUGUACAAGUCACCUCCUCCACCACCUCCAGUCCACAAGUCUCCACCACCCCCACCACCAAAGAAACCCUACGUAUACAAGUCCCCUCCACCACCUCCUUACAAGUACUCGUCUCCUCCCCCACCACCUUAUAAGUACAAGUCUCCUCCUCCUCCCCCACCAGUCUACAAAUACAAGUCCCCACCGCCGCCUCCUCCAACGCACAAACCACCACCACCUUACCACUACACUUCUCCUCCUCCUCCCCACCACUACUAAGUAAUACAUAUAUGUAUUGCUUUGAUAGUUCUGAGGAAAGGAGGGCAAUGAAAUAAUGGAAUUAAGGAAACCAGUUAUACCGAGGUUUUAGUAGCAAGAAUGUCGAAGACGGCAACAGGAAGAAGAAGAAGAAGAAGAAUAAAGAGCCGAGAAGAAAAUGAGUGCUCGUUUGAUUGAUGUAUUAAUAGUAUUGCAUGCAUUGUACUAUUUGUGUUCGACCAAUCCGCUUGUGCAUGUAUGAGAGACUUUCGUCUUUCUUCACGUGCAACCGAAGAGGUCAUUAGUAUAAUAAUGUUAAAUGGAUUUCCCUUUUUCAUCUA